AGUAACGGAGGCGGUAAUCAGCAAGCGAAGCAGACAUCAACAAGCAAGGGAUCCGAGACAACGUCUAGCAGUGCUUCAAACUCGAAAUCAAGCUCGCCUAGUAGUGCAAGCUCUUCCCCGAAUACCGGUUCAACAGCCAAGAUGGAGAUUUCCGCUGCGUCGAUGAAUACUAAUACUCAGGGAUUUUCUUCCAACACACAAAAUGCAGCAACUCCUACGAGCAGUAGUCCCGUCGCUAGUCCUUCGUACACCAAGAAGAGUGAUGCUGCAUCAGGGUCAAGUAUGAACUCGUGGAAAGUUAUUGGUAUCGGUGUACUCGCUUUUGCUGGUAUUGUUAUGCUCGUGCUUGGGACUGCCUUCCAGGAUAGUAUCGUCCAUGCCAUCUGCAGCCCCUUUCGACACAGUAAAGCAGGCAGUGAAGAAGUCCUUGUACCCGAUUGGCGAAGAGGAAGCUGGAACACGGAUAGUUGAAAGCGAGAGAGGAAAGUUAGCGUUCCCGCUUCCACCUCUAUCGCCGUUUCCGCUACGCCGUACUCCGAGCGCAAAUACUCGCGCUCCUGCUCCUUUUGCACCAGGGUUAGCUGGAGU